CAAAGUGUACACGGGUUCUGAAUUAUUGUCAACGUUGAACGUUUUAAUAUCCACUUAGUUUUCAAAUUAGAGAAAUUCUUGUGUAAGAAUAUUGAAUAUACUCUAAAAAGUUAUAUCUACUUAUAUAUUGAUAUACAUUAUAAGUUAUAUAUACAUAUAAAACUCACAUUCAAAUGAUUGAUCUCAAGAGUUAAUAUGAAUCUGAGUUCGUACUUGAAAAUUUGUAACAAAAUCUGAAGUACUGACUGAAGUGAAAAGUUCGGGCUAGUUAUUACAUAUUCAGAAGUUAUUCAAUAUAUAUUUCGUAGAAACAGCUAUAAGUAGCGCGAUAAACGGUCAGGAGUUUUUCUAUUGUCCUGUGCGGCGUAAUAAUCACAAGUGACUUCUAUAUAUUUAUCUGUGAUGAAACACGGUAAAAAUUCUGAAAUACUCGGAGGAGGAUUAGAUUCACAAACGUUUUCCUUCAUAAAUAACAGUACUCAGGAGAAAUCGCUCAAUAUGGGUAUUUGUUUGGAUACUGGCAAGUAUAAAAACAGAAUCGAAAAAUUGUCGCCAAAAAAAUACCUUCCACGCAUUUCUUGAAGAUUGCUUAAUGAAUUUCAACAGGGCCGAUAAAAAAAAAUAUUUUCUUCGAAAUUCAAUCAUCACGCAAUUUUAGUGUAAAGUCCAAAAGUUUUAGACACACUGCACAAUGACAUUCUUGGUUUUUAAGGAACGAUGUGGUGCAAAAAAAAAAAAACUGUCAUAAUAAUUUGACGUGAAAUUUCGUUUCUUUUCAAGGUGGUCACAAAGAGUCUCCGAUGUCGAAUGCUGCCCAGAGAAAUGCUUACAGUAUCAGAAAAAGAAAACAUAUUUCACAUCUUUUAAAAACUUCACAACCUGGUGAAAUUUCGUUACAAACUGUAAGCUCUAUCGAUUUUCAUAUACCAGAAGCUGCAGUUAUAUUUAUCCUAGGUGGACCAGGUAGUGGUAAAGUGACUCACUGCGAUAAUUUGGCCCGAUCAGCAGAUGGAAUACAGCACAUUAAUAUGACAGAUAUUUUGCAACGAUAUUCCCUUAAUUUAGGUAUCCAAGAUUUUGGCCUGCUGAGCAGUAAAACUGUUGCUGAAAUACUGAUGCUCGAAAUGGAAACUCUAUUAGAAACUACGAUAUUUCUCGUUAGUGGGUACCCUAGAAGCAUGACCGAUGUCGUGGAGUAUUCUGAAAAGAUUCAAUACAUGAAUGGUGCAGUUUUGGUAUCUUGGAGGCAGGAAGUGUUGGAGCGUCAAAUCGAUUAUGGUGCUCAACUUGGUAAGGUCAUUAUCGAACUUGCACACGUGGAACUGAGGAACUUUUAUCGGAACGUCAUGCCUGUUGCAGAAUACUUUGAUCAAACUGGGAUAUUGCUACAAGUAAACGGUGAACGACAUCCAGGCGAAGUGUAUGCAGAUUUUCAGAAAGCAGUUUUCCAUUUGAUCAACUUCAAUAAAAGAACAUUGAGUGGAACUAGAGCUCUCCAAACGUUAAAAACGGAGGCUUUCAUAGAUUCAACAAGAACUGCAGGUCUUUUGUCAUCUUCAAUGUCUAGUACAAAUUCUAUGGGAAACAUAAGAAAUAUAACUACAUCUGGCCAGAGUGAAUACCAAAUUGGACUGCCUGAGUUCGUUUGGGUCAUAGGUGGUCCUGGUAGCAAUAAGUCACAGCUAUGCGUUCAUACCGUUAGAUCAUUACCCAACUGGAUGCACAUAAGUAUUGGCAGCUUACUCCGAAAAUUGGCAUUGUCAGAUGUCAUAAUAAAAAAAGCUGUAGAAUCUGGUGAAAUGGUCGCACAAGAAAUAGUCAUGCAAAUAAUCGAGCAACAAGUUUCACUCAACCGGACCUGUAAUGGAAUAAUUAUCGAUGGAUUUCCGAGAGAUCUUAGUCAAGCUGAAAUAUUUGAACACAAGUUUGGGCAAGAACCUCCACUCGUUUUACUGGAUUGCUCAAAAUUAAAGUUGGGAAGAGAAAAAUUAGAUGACAACAUUCCAGCUUUCAGAAAAAGACUCCAACUAUUCAGGAAAAUGACAUUGCCAAUGCUUAAAGUUUUAGAUGAGUGUGGUCGAUUAAUGACUAUUGAUGGCGAUACUGAUGUCUCGUCAGUACAUCACAAGUUCACGACAGUCAUCCAAAAAAUAACUAGCCGGAACAGACAAAAAAAAUGAACAUUAUGUUUCAACUUCCACCUCUUCACUCGAUUUUUUCGCAGUCUAACAUUGAAGAUAAGGCCCCUACAACUUAUUUUUAUACGUAUUUACUGAAUUGGUAAUAUUGUUUAUUUUUGACAGUGGGAAGUUGAUAGUGAAACGAUGAGUUUGAAAUACAUGUUGUAAGGUUUGACAAUUCUUAAGAAAUAAUUAUGGAUCGAGUGGCAAUUUUCUCCAUGGACAAAAAUGCGUUGAAGUUUUCUCUGAGUCGGGUGUCUUGAUUACAUUUAACUUAAAAUACUGAAUGAAAAAAAUAAAAAUAAGAUUCACUUUUUUGAAAAACGUAUCUUCCACACUUUUCCGUAUUUGUAACAUGGGGCAUAAUCACUACCUUACCCAAAGCAACAUAACUGCGAUAGCCUCAGUAGAUUUUAAUUUUUACAUUAAAAAGGAUAGUACAUUAAAAUUUAAUAAACUACUAAUUAGUAUUCAUGAAAAUUUAAAUGUUCAUAAAAGGAAAGAAUGACGUUGGGAAUGCAAUGAACAUGCUAAAAACAUUGGAAAAAAUUAUCUUAUUUCUUACUUUAUUACUGUAUU